AAGAAUUUGCAAAAACUAGGAGAAGAAGCCCUUAAGUGGUCUGCUGAAUCAAACGGCAACGGGGAGUUUGAGGUGAGGUGGCAAAAUCAGCAAGUUGUUGUUAACUUGAAAAAAAAGAAUUGUACUUGCAGAAGGUGGGAUCUGACUGGAAUCCCUUGCGAGCAUGCCAUUCAAGCAAUUCGUAAGGCAAAGCUUAAGGUAUACGACUUUGUGGCUGGUUGUUACUUCAAGGACUCGUGCAUAAGAAUUUAUGAGAACUCCAUAUCACCAACGGCUGGUAGAGAGUAUUGGCCUUUGUCUCAACUUGGUGAAGUUGGAGUUCCUCCACUUCGUGACUCUAUUAAGAGAGGAAGGCCAAAGAAAGCUAGAAGAAAGGAAGCUGGUGAAAAAGAUUCUGGUAAGAAGAGGCAAAAGGAUCCUGAAAGAGAAGUUGCAAAACCAGUAAAGAAGAAGUAUAAGUGUACUGAUUGCGGAGAAGUUGGGCACAACAAGACAUUUCAUCAAAACCGAGAAGCAAAGGAGUUGGCAAAGAAAAAGAGGGCAGAAGCAAAACAGAAGGAAAAGGAAGAUAUACAGAGAAGGAAACAGCUUGAAAGGGCAGAAAGAAACAGGCUAGCGGCAUUGAAGAAGUUGCAAGCUAAGGCUGCCAAACAAGCAUCAAGUCAAGUGAUGGCAGAUGGAAGUUCCCAAAGGCCAGCAAGUCAAGUGUCCCAGCAACCAAGCCAAGACUCACAUAGGAGCAAUCUGUGAAGAGUAGGGUGUAGAAUUUUGAAGCCAUUCAUGUCUAUUGUAGUGCUUGGUUAGGAGGACAAGCAGAAUGGCUGUUUUGUUGACUAUUUUGAAGUCAUUCAUGUAUAUUGUAGUGCUUGGUUAGGACAAGCAGAAUGGCUGUCUUGUAAUCGUAUGUUGAACAGAUUGUUGAACUUUAGGGGGACCAGCAAUGGUAGUUAAUGGCUGCUGUAAAACAGUUCCAGGUGUUAAGUAAAGUUCUUGGCUUUUGGUUAAAUUCAUGUUCAGCAGGUUAUGGUUG